GGCUGGCGCGAUAAUAAAGCAUUAAGGAGCCAUGCCUCGUUCAUUAAAGUAGAGUUGGGAAAUGUGAGACCGCCCCCUUUCAGGAGUCAAAAAAAGGAGAGAGGAAAAGAAAUCGAUUAUUUCUCCGCGCACCGGGAGAGUAGUGGUAGAGGGUGUUCUUUAAAAAAAAAGAGGGGGAAAAGACUCGGAUUGUGGCAAGAAACGGGGAAAAAGAUACAUAAAACAUCAGUAUCAAGCUUCCAGACGUCCACCACCUCCAACCUCCGACCACAGCAGCUCCACCGAGUCCCUCGCCGCUCACCGGCACUUCGCAGACGCACGGAGCGAGAGACCAGGCGCUGCGUCCUCACCGCCUCCAGAGCAGAUACUGUCCGAUCAGAGAGAGAGAGAGGAGAGGGGGGAGGGAGAGAAACAGGGGGAGAGAGAGAGCAAGAGAGAGAGAGAGAGUAGUUUUCUCUGACAUUAUAGAGACUCCUUCCACGUACUGUAGGUUACUUUUUUUUCUUCCUCCCGGCGCCGUCCUCUGCGAAGUUGCGCUCCUGGAUUUUAAGUGCGUCUCGGCGAACUCCGUCCACCAUCAAGCAAGCAGCUUUUUUCUCCCCCCUCAAGCUCCCCUGUCAAAACGGCCGGGGCCAAAACAACCGGCGGAAGGCUCGUUUGUUAUCUGUCGCUUCAACCCCACGGACAAAGAUUUCACGCGAAAAUAAAGUUACUUGGUUUCCAAGCAGAGCACAGGGACCGGAGGAAGAAAAAAAGAAAGAAAAAACAGAAGGUCGAAUCUAUGAAGGACAUCCUUGUUGAAGUGUGCAACCUUCUACUUCUCUGCAAAUUACCCACACACUGUGCAUAGACUCAAAGCAGAGCUGUGGCUCUCAUUUCGGCUCAGCAAGCCUGCGACCGUGACAUGUAAUGCUGUUGGAGCUUCACAACGACAGGGAGAGGUACCCUUUGUGCUGUCGACUUCAGUAGGUACAGAUGCUGGAAUCUUUGAGUUGAUUGGAACAAAUAGAAAGCGGAAAAAAGAGACAGAUAAAGGAAGAGCAGAAGAGUGAAGAGAACGAAGAGAGAGAAGAAGAAAGAGGAGAGUGAAGAAAGCUUAAAGUUCUUUAGAAAGAGGAGAGAAAGAAAGAGACGGGGACGAUGGGGAGGAAAAAGAUUCAGAUCACGCGGAUUAUGGAUGAACGCAACAGACAGGUGACAUUUACAAAGCGAAAGUUUGGCCUGAUGAAGAAGGCGUAUGAGCUGAGUGUGCUGUGUGACUGUGAGAUUGCCCUGAUCAUCUUCAACAGCACCAACAAGCUGUUCCAGUACGCCAGCACAGACAUGGACAAGGUCCUGCUUAAAUACACUGAGUACAAUGAGCCCCAUGAGAGCAGGACCAACUCUGAUAUUGUGGAGACAUUGAGAAAGAAGGGCCUAAACGGCUGUGACAGCCCAGACCCCGACGCAGAUGACUCGGUUGGCCACAGCCCCGAGUCCGAGGACAAGUACAGGAAAAUAAACGAGGACAUUGAUCUGAUGAUCAGCAGACAGAGACUGUGUCAGGCUGUGCCCCAAUCGAACUAUGACAUGCCCGUGUCCAUUCCUGUUAGCAACCAGAACAAUCUCAUUUACAGCCAUCCUGGUGGGUCCCUAGGCAACCACAAUCUGUUGCCCCUGGCGCACCAUGGCCUACAGAGAAACAGCAUGUCUCCUGGAGUUACACACAGACCCCCCAGUGCAGGUAACACAGGUGGCCUCAUGGGUGCUGACCUCACCACUGGCGCAGGCACCAGUGCUGGAAAUGGAUAUGGGAACCAUCGCAACUCGCCCGGUCUGCUGGUCUCUCCAGGUGGCAUGAACAAGAACAUGCAGGCUAAGUCUCCGCCACCCAUGAACUUAGGCAUGAACAACCGCAAACCUGACCUCCGUGUGCUCAUCCCCCCUGGCGCCAAGAACAAUAUGCCCUCCAUUUCUGAGGAUGUCGAUCUGCUAUUGAACCAGAGAAUAAACAACUCUCAGUCUGCUCAGUCAUUGGCCACCCCUGUGGUAUCAGUAGCAACUCCCACUCUACCAGGACAAGGCAUGGGUGGUUACCCAUCUGCCAUCUCUACUUCUUAUGGUACCGAGUAUUCCCUGAAUAGUGCAGAUCUGUCCUCCCUGUCCGGCUUUAACAGCGGCAGCUCCCUACACCUCGGCUCCAUGAGCGGAUGGCAACAGCAACACCUUCAAAACAUGCAGCAUUCAGCCCUCGGCCAGCUAGGAAAUUGCUCUAGCUCUCACUUAUGUCAGGGUUCAAAUCUCUCCCUGCCCUCUGCUCAAAGCCUGCACAUCAAGUCCGAACCUGUUUCUCCUCCUAGAGAUCGCACCAGCAGCACACCGGGGGGCUACGGUGGUGGGGUACCACCUCCCCAGAACCCCUCGUCCCGCCAGGACUCGGGACGCUCCCCCGUUGAUAGCCUGAGCAGUUGUAGCAGCUCCCAUGAGGGCAGCGACCGCGAUGAGCACAGGAAUGAGUUCCACUCACCUCUGGGACUGGCCCGGCCCGCCCUGGACGAGCGCGAGAGCCCAUCCAUCAAACGAGUGCGCCUGUCAGAAGGAUGGGCGACAUGAUAGCUCUGUCCUGUACCCCGACAGUGCCCCGAGUUGCCCUGAUCCCUGGCAAUGCAGCAUUACGAUGCCCCCCCCCAGUCAGCUCCCUCUUCUUCCUCCUCUCACUCGGUAUCACGAGUCACUCACCACCCAACCCCAUGGCCUCUUUCCUUUUAUCACUUUCACGCUGAAGGAAAGAAAAGGAAGAACCCUUUUCGAAAAACCUAUUUGUAAUUUCUUUUCAUUUUUUAUUUUCCUUUUCUGCUGAGUGUGUGUGUGCUAUACAUAUUGACAUUAUAUAAACCAGUGGGGUGUUGUAAUGGGGGGUUUGGGAGGGUGGGUGUUGGUUGGGAUGGGAUCUGGGGGUAUUUUUGUUGGGGAACUAUGCAUAAAUUGUAUUGUGUGUGGAUAAAAAGAAUCACGUAUGCAUAUAUCUUUACACGUGUGUAUGUGUACAUAUAUGCAUAUCAGCAAAUAAAAAAAAAGUCAGGUACUCUGUUUCAUAAAACGUACUUACAGUUUGCCUCAAUGAUAUAUCAGUGACUAGAGACAACAAAAAAAAAAGAAAAAAAAAACAUUAACAUGAGAGUGAGUGUGUCCAGUGGAAAACACCUUAGCACUUGAGUUGGACAAACAAUACGUGUACAGUAUCGCUUUCAUCGCUAUAUACCUUCUCUGCAGUUCUCCCUUGCAAAAAUGUGUGUUAACAUUAGAUGAUGUCAUGUUGCAGGUUCAACGUAUUUAUGUAAAUAGUGGGUCAAGGGGGAAGGGCAGGGGGUCAAAAGUUGCCAGACAUUACAAGAUUUAUUUACUCACUAAAUGAAAAGCUAUUAUGCAACAUUUGAAGGACUGUACAGGUAAACAGGCAAACCCAAUGCUAAACAUGUGGAACCUUUGAUGAUUUUAGCGCUCCCCUUAAAGAACGGAGUGAGGACCACCCUUUGAUCUAAGAGCUACGUUGGUGUAAUCAAGAAAACUCUGGAUCUAGUAUUAACUAUUCAGUAUUGAUAAACAAAAAAAGAAAAAGAAAAAACAAUUGUACGAUACACUUGCUUAUAUUUUCAUAUGAAAGGAAUACAAUGCAAAGCAUUUUUGUGGCUUUUUGUAGUUUAUAUAAGCCAGAAUGUGUUUUUUGAUAGCUUUGCUAAUAAGAGAUGGAUAGUUCACCCAGAGGGCAAAAGAAAAGGGCUUCAAAGCCCUAAGCCAUGAAAAACAGACUGAGAUCCAAUGCUUUGCUGAACUGUUUUAUCUUUGUAGAGGUUUGUUUUUAAACGUGUAUUUCUAAUUAUAUAUAAUAAUGGUAAUAUUAAGAAUCUUUAAAAAAAAAUCUGUGAAAUUAACAUGCUUGUGUAUAGCUUUCUAAUAUAUAAAUAUAUAUAAUAAUGAUUUUUGUUGGUUUCUUAGUGGAGUUUCUAUGUGCAGUUGCACAUGUUGUCUGGUUUGUUUCAUUUGAACUCUGAACAGUGCUGUUCAGGGGUGUAUUUAGACUAACCUUAAAAACCAGCUGGAGAGCAUUGCCAGGGUUUGUGUGACGAAGGAAAGACAGGCCUGAAUGCUGAAAAAAACAACCUGCUAGUGGGAAAUGUCACGAGACUGGAACCGGGGAGGACGUGGAAAUAAAUGUCGACACAUGAAAUACACCGUUGUCACACUGAUGAGGAAAUAUGACUGGCUCUCAGUCUCCAGAUGUAUUAUUAUGCAUCAGAUAUUUCAUUAUGAAUCUAAAUUAUUGGAUUUAAUACAGUUAAUCCUAUGAAACAUAUUUUUGACAUUACAGAUUCUCCAUUCUGCCUCAAACCUUUACCCCAAUCUUUACUUGUGUCGAAGAUGCUGCACAAGCUCCGACCCAAACUGUACAAUUUUAUUUUAAAUCGUGUUUGUAUAAUGCAAUUUUGCAUGUGCAUUGCGAUUAAUUAUCCUUGAUCAAUUUGCAACCCAAUUGAAUUCUGUGUCAUGCAGUCACUCCUCAUGUUCCAGUCUCCAAAACAGGGUUCCGCAUUCUUUACCACGUCACUGACGGUUCAGCCUAUAAGACACUCGAGGACAAAUUGAUCUAGCUGGCAUGGGAGAAGCACAACUGUUUCUUUUAGAUGAAUAGCUGUUUUGAUUUUCUCUUUUUUAAACAACGAAACUAGCCACAUAUCUCUCUGCCUCCCACUCCCGUAUCUGCUGUCACUUAAGUGUUAUGAUAUUUCUAUGUGCAUAUUUCAUGCAGGUUCACUAUGUUGUUACUGUAUACAGUCUGUGUAGUCAAACGGGGCAGAGCCUCUAUAAAGGUGUUCUUCUCUUCUUCUUCUUUUUUUUUUUUUUUUAAAACUUCAAUACAAAAAGGAUGAGAAAAAAAAUAAACAUGAUGUUUCAGGCAGCGUAAGUGUGGAGAAACCAAAGCCAGUGGCAUUUCUGUGUUGUAAACUCAACUUUUAUUUUCACAUUCAUUUAUGGUUUUUGCAAGCAUUGAAACAAGAUAAUAAAAGAAUUUGCUCAAAUGUACAAUUGUUUUCACAUUUCAAUUCCAGUCAGUCAAAUGUAGCUUUAGUUUAUCGAGCUGCGUUGUCCAUAGUGACUACGAUUCACCUGUUCUGUUGCUCAUUUGUUUCCCUGUGCAUUGCAUUGAAAAGGUUACAAUCAUUUUGUUGAUCGAUAGCAUCAUUCAGGCCUAACCAUGUGAAAUGCAUGCUUGUUCUCCUCAAACCACAUGACACACUAAUAAUCAUGCUACUUUCUCGCUGAGUGAAAUAAUGCCAACAUGUCGUGAAAGUUAAUUAAAAGUGCUAUAAUUUUGACAAUAAUUUUAACCAAAGACAUGGAGAAAACUUGUCUUUACAUCUUUGUUUUCUUUUUUUUUCUUUUUGUGUUUGUUAAAUUUGAAGCCAUUCUUUUUUUUUUCCAUCAUCUGUUGAUCAGUUGUUCUUUGUCAUUACUUAUAACAGACUAAAUGUUGGUACCUCAAAAUUGACCCAAGCAGUACCUCAGCUGAUCUUUUGAUAAGUCACUUGCAGCGCAAAGGGUAGACCAUACACCUGUACAGCCAUGUGUAAUAACAUACAAUUGCUUAAGGUCCCAACAUUCACAUGGGAUUCUUUGUUGCUCCACUGUGUUUGUGGUUUAUUUAAGUUGUACUCAAAAGUUGAAAAGGAAUGAAAAAAAAAGAGUAAUAUGUUAAAAUACUUAAAAAGUCAGUCUGUAGUAUCAAUGUAGCUUGUAUAAACCUGAAAAUGGGGGGGGAGUUUGGAACUAAUGUUUUCUGGAACGCGAGAGCGGCUUUCAGCGGCAUAAGCUGGCCUUUGUCGCCACUUGAGACUAAGAUGGUGUUGAAUUAAAUCACAUCUCUGUAACUCAAGGGACUUGAUUCAGCUGUAUGUAGUGAAAACGAAUGGGGAUGAAUAUAAAAGUCUCCUCUGCUGGAGGGAAAGGCUAUUUGUAUUUUGCAGAGAUUUCAGUAAAGUUACUGGCUUUCUUAGUUA